AACAGUCAGUGGAAAUCCUCAUUGACGAACUAAACACCAAUGAGGGUGGUAUUGAUAAUAGAGCUGUGACCCACAAAUGGAUCGGUGACGACGUGUGCAUAAGUGUUUGUGAUAAAGACAUUGAAGUGUUUCAAAAUGACUGCCCUAUUAUUAUUGAUUGCUUUGAUGCUUGGACAUGCAACAGCUGUGGUAGAACUGAGCUGUAGUGACAAUGCAACGUGUAUUGAAAAUAUGACGAGGGAGAUGUUCAGAAACUUGAGGCAACAGAGGUCGGUGAAGCUGUUUGAUGUAUUCACGAUCGAGCCGUUAGGUACGAGGCAGGCGAGAUCCAACGAAAGCCCACUGUCGAGAUUUCUAAGUAAUCACGCAUUCAGUUUUGACUGGGCUGAUUUCACGUUUAGGGUGGCGAAACCUCAAGACAGAAGUGAUGUUUUGGAUUUAGAAGUCUUUGAAGGCAGAUCUGCUAAAGAUGUUUCGGAUCCGAAUCCGAAGAAAUCGUCAAGCAAGGUUGAAGAGGAAAUAGACGACAAAGGACAUAAAUUAGGUCUCAGAAGACACAAGAAAAAAGUCCUUCAGGCAAUAAUACCUCUGUUAUUUGGUAUGAAAUCAGCCGGAGCCGUGAUAUUUGCUUUGGCAAUAGUCACUGUAUUAACCCUGAAGGCUUUCGUGGCUAGCAAACUGGCCCUCGUCGUCACCGUAGGCAUGGCUGUUAAAAAACUCUACGAGUCUUAUGGCAAUGGCGUCGGUUUACAAAACCAUCCAUAUCUUUACUCACAAUAUCCGAUCGAUUUCCCGAGUGCCUCCUCCCACGCUUAUUCCGUAAGCGGAGUGAGCCCACAAUUCGGAUCGCCAGAGAUGUAUAACCCUACUGCUCUGGGAACCCAUCCUCAUGCACAUGAAUUGUUGCAACCCAAUGAUGUCAGUGCUCAAUCAUCGCAACAGGCACCUACGCUCCUAGUUAAUUCAACAAGAGCAGCUGAAAGAUGGGAUGGUUAUCGGCGACGUCCAAUGUUUUAUGGAACCUCGCGCGCUACUUCAGAAUCCUAUUCGGGUUACAAACACCCCCGCCACUAAGUUACUCACCGUCGAUGCCGAUGCCAAUGUACACGAUGCCGCAAAUGUAUGGCCCCCAAAUGUUUGGCCAAGCCAUGGCUGACAUGGCCAUACCACCGGCUCAUACAUAAUUGGACAUGUGGACGUAAUGUGGAUCAAGUGGCGUCGUUUAGUAGAUAAUACCGCUAAAUGUCAGAUUGCCACGCUGACUUGAUCCGUUGUAACUGUGAUAAGUUUGUGCGUGGCGGUCUGACAUUUAGCAAAAAUAUAACGCAGUCGCACUGUUUUAAGUUGCUGGGGACUUAUGUUUCCUUGUUCAAUGUUCAAAUCUUCCUCAGGUCCUGGCAAUUUAAAACACUGCGUGAACACUGCCCCACCUUGUUGUUAAGAAAAUUUCUGGUCUUGUAUUUUCUAAAGACUGAUUACUAUAAGCGCGAGCCCGUCGACUUUAUUUAUUUUUAUUUAUAAGCGACAUUUGUAAUAAGACUUAUUUAUUCAGCACAUAGAAUAAUAAAAUGACAUUAA